GAGCUACACUCGACAUGUCUGCCGGGUGUCACUAGGUACUAUACGCACUAUUCGACAGCUGGCGAACCCAUAUUACGUAUUAUCCCUAGUACUGCUACUGAGUAUUCACCUAACAUGAAAUUCUCUCAGAAUAAAGUGACUUAUACUAACAAUGUAAGAAUAAGAAGAUACUAGACUAUAUAUUAUGAUAUCCAUUUAUGGUACAAUACAGUACCUAAUUAAUACGCCGUAGAACUCAAGUUCCCUUUUUUGGCGUGUACCUAUGGGAAUCGGGUUCAUGUUCAUUCAUGGCAGCUUACUUGACGACCAUCCGAGCUUCACAUAUAACCCGGCCUCUUAAACUUACACGCCCAUUCUUACAUCGUCCACACGUCAAAACCAAGUCAGUCAUUCCACGGCACUCAUCCACCAUGGCCCGGACAUACGAGUCCGCGCUCGCACACCUAGAUUUAAUCCAAUCUAACCAAGCCAUCACCUCUCUCUUCUCCCCUCGCCCCUCCACCACUACUAAACUCACCCCCCAAGAGCUCAACGCCCAAGCCAUCCCAGAAAUGCUCAGCUGGCUACACCGCGCCAACCUAAACCAAGCCACCCUCUCCCAAUGUCUCCGCUGUAUUCACGUUUCGGGAACUAAAGGGAAAGGCUCCGUAUGCGCAUACCUAACCUCUAUCCUCACCCACCCCACCGCGGCCCCCAUUGCCGGUCGCGUGGGGACAUACACCUCGCCGCACUUACUAUCCGUGCGUGAGCGCAUUCAGAUCGAUGGCGCACCGCUGUCGCCUACACAAUUCACAACAUACUUCUUCGAGGUAUGGGAUGCGUUUACAGCAGCAGCUUUGCGGUCCGCUGCGGCCAUCAUCACGUCACCAGAGGGGGGAGAAUUAACAGUGCAGGAGAGGGAGAGGCAGAAAUUGGAAGCUGAGGGUCCGGCGAGCAAACCGUUUUACUUCCGCUUCCUGACCAUCCUUGCGCUGCAUGCGUUCCUGCGCGCGGGCGUACGAUCCGCCGUCGUCGAAUGCGGCAUCGGUGGCGAGUUUGACUCCACUAACGUGCUGCCAGCCGAAGCCGUUACUGCGUCCGUUAUCACGCAGCUGGGGAUCGACCAUGUUGGGAUGCUAGGGGCCACCCUGCCCGAGAUUGCGUGGCAUAAGGCUGGGGUAUGUAAAGAGGGUCGGAAGUGCUUUACACGUCGUCUUGAGGGGGGAAGUGAUGGGGAGGAGAAGGAAGAGGCUAUGCGUGUGUUGAGAACACGGGCGGCGGAGAAGGGAGCUAUGUUAGUGGAGGUGGAGGAUCGCGAGGUGCAGGCUUGGGGAGGAGUCGAGACAGAGGGAGGUCUCGAAGGUGGGUUUCAGAGGUAUAACCAAGCACUUGCGCUUAGGGCCGCGAGUGAGCAUUUAAGGAUGCUGAGUGGGGGUGUGGAUGAGCAAGAGGAGAGCAUUACGCUGACGGCCCUGGGGGAACGUUUCGCAGAUGACUUACGCGCGGCGAGACUACGGGGACGCUGCGAAACCAGGGUAGACGGCGAUAUUACAUGGCUCAUCGACGGCGCGCACACGGCGGAAAGCAUGCAGGAGGUAGCCAAGUGGUUUGCGGGUAAAUCCGAGCUUUUCAUCAACGACGAUGGCAACAAUAAUACGAAGGUGGUGUUGCUGUUCAACCAACAGGAGCGUGAUGUGGAAAAGUUGCUACGUACUUUACUUGCGGGUAUCGAGAAAACACGAGAGAAAGCGAUGGCUGCGACGAAGGAUUGUGUAUUCGACUCUGCUAUUUUCACACGCAACGAGCUACAUCCCAGGACUACAGAUCAGUCGGAACGGGACUUGGCGGUUCAGAAGAUGGCAGCGGACGCUAUGCGGGCCGUAUCUCCGCAAACGGAAAUUAGCAUCACGGAUAACGUCGGUGAAGCUGUUGAAAAGAUCAAAGGGAUGGCACGCGGUGGUGGUGUCAAAGUCGCUAUUCUGGCCACAGGGAGCUUGCAUCUUGUAGGUGCCGUGCUGAGGACGUUAGAGCCAGAGUCGCUUUACUGAUCUGACAAGCAAAACCUAGCUAGGCAUUUGAUGAUCUGGAUGAGGUAACGAAGAAGUAAUUUUGAUGGCGUUCAAGAUGGCUCGUAUUAAAAAAGGGGGGUAGGUAGGAAGCUUCUGCUUACAAGACUAUGCCUAAUCAUACCUACCUAAGGUUAGGUUGGUUUUCAGAGGGCUUUUCAACAAUAAGCCUAAAUUGAAAAUACAUUUUCGUGUUUUA